ACCGUCGGGAAGUUCAGUCUCGAAGCUGUUUCGCUGCGGGAGGGGUUGUUGUUACUACCCUCGCUACUCCGAGCGCACCACGCGUCUGUACAUCGGUGAACUCGGGAAAAUUCGCGCAUUUCAAUUUGGCCAUCAAAAAUUCCCGUUAAAUAGACUCAUCGCCGGUUUAAAAUGUUUGAUUUCUACGACGAAGAACGAAAGGACGAAGUGAACUGAUAGUGAUACUAUUUUUAGUUUACAAUGUCAUGCGAGAAUUAUGGUUAAAAUAAAAUUGAAUGUAAAAUAGUCAAAUCUGCAUGCUGAUCUUUUGAUUUCAGUAUAAAAUAUAAACUUUUUUGUUCCGAGCACGUUGAGUAACUUCCGUGACUUAAUUUCAGCCCCUACACACUAAUCUAAGUUGAUCACUCGUUAAAACAGUCAUUUAAUCAUGCUUAUCAUAAAAAAGUGACCUAUACCUAGCUAAAAAAGUAAGAGUGAAAAUACAUCCGGAGACUUUUUGAAUAAUUAUAAAUAAUCGGAUGAUUUGAGAAUUAUUCAGGACUGAUUCGAUUAGUUUUUGUGAAAGUAUUAACUUUAGAAUAACAAGUCUUAAUUGAUUAUUUCUUUAAUAUCGAGUAUCAAGUACACUUAGUAAUAUGGGUACACUUGUGAGAUUUGCUAUCUCAUGCCGGCAAUUUCAGCGAUAGAGGUUGAAAGAUACUUUAAAGACAUGUGAUGAAGUUCUGAGACCUGCAGGACGCUGAACGAUCCAGGGGAAUGAUGGGAGAACCGCCAAUUGCACAGGAAGAAUCAUACAGUGCGUAGUUUUCUGAAUUGAUGAAUAUGAAACGAGCCUUUGUUAUCAUAUCAUUUGCUCUCCUUCUAGAAUCAGGGGUGGAGGAGGCGGCGGCGGGGCUGGAGGAUGCGAUCUCCAUGGAGAGCGAGGGUCCGCAGUUCGUGUCGGAUCCGCGGUCGCCGCUGGAGUUCUCGAACCGGACGGGCGGCGUCCUCCACUGUCCGGUCCGGGGGAGUCCGCCGCCGCGCGUCACGUGGCUCACGGGUGACGGCGCCGUCGCCGCCCCGAUCCGCAACGUCCGGGAGCUCCUCGCCAACGGCUCCCUCUUCUUCCCGGCCUUCGGGCCCGAGAGCUACCGCCACGACGUCCACUCCGCCGUCUACCGCUGCGAGGCCGCCAACACCGUCGGCAAGAUCCUCUCCAAGGACAUCCUCGUCAGGGCAGUGGUCGAACAAAAUUACGAUGUCCAAGUUCACGACGCCUACGUCACGGUAGGCAACACGGCUGUUCUCCGAUGUGUAGUCCCUACAUUUGUCAAGGAUUUCCUUACCGUAACAUCAUGGGUGCAAGACUCAUCCUUCAACAUUUACCCUUCCAUUCAGGACACGGACAGUAAAUACAGGAUGCUACCCACGGGAGAGCUUCUUGUCUAUACUGUAACAGAGGCUGAUUCUGAGGUCUCUUAUCGAUGCCGGGUCGUUCACAGGAUCACUGGCCGGACGACCGAGUCCUCUUCACAAGGCCGUAUCUUCGUCACCGACGCCGACAGGUCUGAGGCACCGAAAAUUAAUGAACGUAUUCCUCAAAUCACUGUUCAUGCGGGCGAUCUGGCCGUUCUAUCAUGCACGAGUCAAGGAGUCCCGCCUCCGUCCUACUGGUGGAUUCGUAACAGAAAAGAAAACAACUUAGCUGAAGAAAUUUCAUCACUAUCAAAUGAUAGGUAUCGUUUACAAGGUGGCAUUUUCAUAAUCCAAAAUGUCGAGGAGGAGGAUGCAGGCAACUAUGCUUGUACUGUGAAUAAUACGGCUGGCAGCGAUCGGAUCCACAUUGAGCUGGUGGUUAUCAGUCAACUUACAGCUCACCUGUCUCCACCAGUAAUCACAGUUGAUAUUGGUCAUAGUGUUGAGUUUACUUGUACUGUUUCUGGUCAUUCGCCUCACAUUAUAUCAUGGUUCAAAGAUGGUCUCCCUCUACAAGACCAUGGCCGUCACAUCCAAUCAUCUGCACCCAAAGGUUCUAUUCUUACAAUUCAAUCUGUCACGAGAGAUUCACGAGGCAUGUAUCAAUGCUUUGUUCGCAAUGACUUUGGGAAUACUCAAGCAUCUGCCGAACUAAAACUUGGAGAUGCAACGCCUCAAAUCAUUUACAAAUUUAUUGAGCAAACAAUCCAGCCCGGUCCUUCUGUGUCCUUAAAAUGUAUUGCAACAGGAAACCCAACUCCUCAGUUCACAUGGAAACUUGACGGAUUCCCUUUACCGCAAAAUGAAAGGAUCUUAAUGGGUCAGUAUGUCACUUUAAACGGUGAUGUAGUGAGCCACAUCAACAUUAGUUCUGUCCUGGUUGAAGAUGGAGGUGAAUACACUUGUGAAGCAACUAAUUCCGUCGGAAGUCUUUUUCACUCUGCUAGAUUAAAUAUUUACGGUAUGCCUCGGAUUCGAUCAAUGCCUAAAAUAACAGCUGUUUCUGGGCAAGAUCUCGUGGUGAAAUGUCCAGUUGGGGGUUUUCCAAUCACGACAAUUACAUGGAAGAAAGAUAACCAUCUCCUGCCAUUGAAUAGAAGACAAGAUGUAUCUCCAGAGGGAAAGCUUACCAUCCGCAAUAUUGAUAGGCAGUCGGACAAGGGCACCUACUCAUGCACAGCAUCAAAUAAGCAGGGGCAGGAAGAUUCUAAAUCUGUUGUAAUUGAAAUCAAAGUUCCGCCGAGAGUAGCUCCGUUUAACUUUAAUCAGGGACUGUCGGUAGGCAUGCGAGCCCAAGUCACUUGCGUAAUUGAAAAAGGAGACCCUCCUUUUACGAUAAAUUGGCUCAAAGAUGCUGUUCUCAUAACACCCACCCUGCCAUUGGCCUCUGAAAUUAAGAUCAUCCCCAUUGAUUCUCGGUCAAGUACUUUCGUCAUAGAAAGUCUAUCUGCCCGCCACUCGGGUAACUUUACUUGUCUAGCGAGCAAUGGCAUUGCCGAGGUUGCGCACACAGCGCCCUUGACCGUCAGUGUACCUCCAACAUGGCAGGUUGAACCUCAAGACCAACAGGCUCCUGAAGGAGUUUCACAGUUCCUGAUUCACUGUCAAGCAGAGGGGUUUCCCAAACCAAGCAUUACAUGGAGGAAAGCUGUCGGAAAUAAGCCAGGCAAGUAUCAUGACAUUCAAAUGCUUGCAAAAGAUACUGACUCAAAAGUCCAGUCAAGUUUCCACUAUCGAACUAAUGGGUCGUUGAUUAUAUAUAAACCGCAAGAGGAGCACGAGGGAUUUUACCUAUGUGAAGCUUACAAUGGGAUCGGUGCAGGGCUCAGUAAAGUCAUUUACUUUAAAGUCAAUGCUCCUGUUCGAAUGGUCACAAAGUAUCGGAAUGUAACAACCAAGCUUGGCUCCAGUGUAACAUUGAAAUGUGAAGUUCACGGUGACCACCCAAUCACUAUUCUCUGGGAAAAAUCAGAUUACACCCUCAGUUCAUCCAUGAAUGAUUACAGAUAUGCGGUAAAAGAGUCCAACACAACUGAUGGUUUAUCAUCUGAGCUUAAAAUUUCUGCUGCAUCCCGCCAAGAUUCUGGACAGUUCUACUGUAUUGCUACCAACCAAUUUGGCAGAGAUGACAUGGUUGUUCACCUAACAGUUCAAGAGCCUCCUGAUUUUCCAAGAAACCUUCAUGUCUUAGAAAAAGGAAGCCGGUUUGUGAGAUUGAGCUGGAGUUCCAGUAGCAGCCAAAAUAAUCAAGUUGCUCAAUAUAUAAUUGAAUAUAAGUUGGAGAAUGGUCCAUGGCGGGAGCAGUUUCCUUCUUUGUCAACUCCAGGAUCUGAAACAGAGCUUCAAAUCUCCAACCUGAAACCUGCAACCAAUUACCAGUUCCGAAUUUUUUCUGAAAAUGAAUCGGGACGAAGUCAAGCCAGCGAUGUUUUGGAUGUAAUGACCAAUGGAGAUAUCCCUGAAGGUCCACCACUAGAAGUCAAAGUUGAAGCCAUCAGUUCUACCCAACUUAAAGUUUCAUGGUUGCCUCCAGAAAAACAUUUAUGGAAUGGUGAAAUUCUCGGCUAUCACAUCGGCUACAAAGAAAAAAAGUUGUAUUUUGAUGUUUACCAGCAUAAGCGUGUUGAGAUGAGCUUGGAAAAUUAUAGUUACUCAACAACUCUCAACAACUUAAAGAAAUUCACCCACUACAUAAUCGUGAUUCAAGCAUUCAAUUACUUAGGGCAAGGACCUGAGUCAGAGGAGGUGGAAGCAAAAACGUUCGAAGAUGUCCCAAGUGCAGCACCUGACAAUAUUCGUUGUACUCCCCUGUCCUCUGAGAGUUUGCAAAUCACCUGGAAUGCCUUACCAGAAGGAUUCGUGCAUGGUGUUCUGAGGGGCUACAAAGUAAUUUGGGAAAACGUUAAUGAGAAUGGAGAUGAAAUCCAGACAGAGACAAAAAUCACCACACAAACAAUCAUCGUGAUUCAUGGCCUGGGUAAAUUUACCAACCACAGCAUUCAAGUUGGAGCGUUUACACAAGUUGGUGAUGGAGUGUACAGCUCACCCUUAUACUGUGCAACAGAAGAGGAUGUUCCUGAAGCACCAGCAGACCUCAAACCAGUAAUAAAUUCAUCCAGCUCAAUCAUUCUAAGUUGGCUGAAACCUUCAAAAACCAAUGGAGUUUUAACAUUAUACAAUCUCUACAUUGAGAGUUUGACCCAAGGCUCAGAGAUAAAGUCCUUCAGAAGGACCUUGCCUCCCGAAAAUACGUGGUAUGAAGCUGAAGGACUAAGCAAAACAAAUAGAUACCAGUUUAGUGUAGCCGCUGGGACCAAAAUUGGAGAGGGGCCUCGCAGCAAAGUAGUCUCUGCAUCACCUUCUACAGAAGUUGGUGCUGCUAUAUUUUCUUUUGGAGCAACGAUUAUUAUAUCAUGGAGACAGGAUGUUCACCUCCUAUGUCAGCAUGUUGGCAAGCCUUUACCAAUUGUCACAUGGAAAAAAUGGGGUCAACCUCUCAAGUAUACCUCUCGUUUUAAACUUGGAUUAGACAGCUCACUGCAAAUAACAAAUGUAUCCCGAGAUGAUAGUGGAAAUUUUUCCUGCCACAUAGAAAAUCCAUUUUCCUCGGAUUAUAUUUCUCACCGGUUAGUUGUGAAAGUUGUGCCUGCCUCUCCUCUCCUUCAUGUCACCAGUAGUACAAAUACAAGUUUACAUAUUCAAUGGAAACAAAGUGAUGACGGAGGAUCGCCUAUCAGAAGUUUUACAAUCCACUACAAAUCAGAACCAGGAAAAUGGACUGAUCUUAAGGUGGAUCGUCAUCUAAGUAGCUACAUUCUGACCAAUCUGUCUUGCGGUACCAUGUACAGAAUAUACGUAACAUCGCAGAACAAAGUAGGAUCCAGUGAACCUAGCCAAGAGGUUGUAAUAUCAACAAACGGUAGUAAGCCUUCACCACCCCCUCAAGAUCGAUUCAUUUUCACGAACUCAAGUUCCGCAAUUCUCUUCUUGGAAAACUGGGUUGACGGUGGAUGUCCAAUCCUGUAUUUUGACAUGGAGUACAAAAAAGUAAUAGAUAAAAAAUGGACCUUAGUUUCAAACAAUAUAGUAUUGCAAAGAAUGUUUUUCAUUCAGGGGUUGCCAACUGGUACCGAUUAUCAGCUUCGAGUGAAGGCUCAGAACAGUGCUGGCCUCACGACAGCUGAAUAUCACAUGAGGAUUUCCAAUGAAGUAGGAGGAACUUUUUCUCCAACUCUAGGAAGAAUCAAUGAUUCAAUCAGUCCUUUGGCAGAUGCGGAAAUUCUCAUAUCAGCGGCCUUAUUUUCAGUGAUAAUUUUCUCAUUUAUGUCAUUAUUAUUCAUCUGUUACAAGCGAGGAUGCAAAAGGGAAGGAGCACCUCAGACAUAUGCCUCACACACGUUUUCUAGCAACACAACUGAAAAAAAACAGCAUAUGAAGAUGCAAGAUCAAUAUUUUACAACUGUGCGGAAACAUUCUUUCUCUUCAGAUAGAGAGAUUUCAACCUUUGAACAAAUCCCUGAGUAUUCAGAGGACAUAUAUCCUUACGCUACUUUCCACCUGAACAAACCUGCUGAGGCUAGAAUCAAAUCUGAUGCAUCCUUACAAACAUUUACAUAUCAUGAUCCACAUUUCACAUCCGCAGAAACAUUGAAAAUAAAAGAGAAUAAUUACCCAAGCGUCAAAAAUCUUCUCCAUAAAAUGAAAUCUCUUAAGUCUGAAAGUGAAGAAUAUGACGAAUCAGAAAGUGAGUCAGAACAUACUAUUUCUGGCCAAGUCGAAUCAGGAUUUAGGUCAAAACAAAGUUUCAAUCGAUUUCAUCGAAAUAGAUUACACAAGCUUGUGUCAAAAAGAGAUCAUUUAGAUUCUUCCCCUGGCCAGAAACGGAUACUUUCUUGCCACAAGCCAAUGUCAAAGGGCCAAAAAUUGUCCAGCAAUGCACAACUGGAUCCUCCGUCAGAAUUCUCUGACACACGCGAGUCAAGUGAAGCUGAACGCAACUUAUUCAUGAACCAAAGACGCCUGGCAGACUUCACAAUUGCAGUUUAAUCAAUGCAAACCAGUGACUGUGACAACAGCGUAGUAGCACAAUCCCUGCCAAUGUGUUUUUUCGCGUUAUUUUUGUUAGACCAACAUUUGGCCUAAUUGAAAGAUCCUGAUCAGGUUCCUGCUAUACUGAUGCAGGGCACUCAUGUUUUACAUUAUUCUGUGAUUUUUUUAAUUAAGUGUUGGAGUCGUUUUUCUCAUAAAAUGAGAGGGUGCUGAGUUUGAAGAAAAAAGCUGACUAAACUUAUUAUUGUGCUCAACUUAUGUUUGUUUUCUGGAAGAUUUUAGAAAACCAUCGUGUUUUUCACUGUUAAAAAUUAUCUCAUUUUGAGGUCAAGAUGUUACGAAAGGUUACCACUGUACUUAUCCUCUCUGGCAUUUCUAUAUUCAGGUUUCCUUUGAUUUUGAUGCAUAUGUGAAGUGGAGUUGCAUAAGACUUUUUACCUUGAAUGAACCUUCUUUUUAUCUGUUUUGUGUUCAUCUCAACCAUCCCUCAAAUGCUUUAAUGCACAAACUCUUGUAAUUACAGUUUACUUAUAGCUCAUUCCGGUACUUGAUUGUUGUUAUUAUUUUUUGAUUGUUUUAUAAAAUUUUGAUACUAA